AUGAACAUGAACAUGACAUCGAACGACCACUCCAGCAUGUCCGGCAUGUCUGACAUGGGCGGCUCGGCCUGCAGCAUGAACAUGCUCGGCAACUGGCAAACCAUCAACACCUGUCUUCUCACCUCCUCAUGGCACAUCCGAACAGAAGCUCAGUUUGCCGGCACCUGCAUCGGCGUCUUCUUGGUCGUCUUCCUCAUCGAGACCGUGCGACGGUACAGCCGCGAGUUUGACCGGUGGAUCCUCGAACGCGCCAUCAUCCAGCGUCAAGAGUCAAGACGUCGCACACAACACCUCAAGGCGGAGAUGGCCAAUCGUCUCGCUGCAGCGGAACCUUCACAGGACCGCACAACCUUGAACCUCAAGCUUGAACAGCUUGACUCGAUCUUCUUCGGAAUCCCAGCUGGCAAAACUGGAUGCCGUCAAGCUGCUCUCGACUCGAUGCGAUUCCGACCUCUGAUGUGGCAGCAGCUCUUGCGCUCGCUGCUGUAUGGUGUGCAGUUUACCGGUGCUUACUUGAUCAUGUUGAUCGCCAUGACCUUCAACGGCUACAUCAUCAUCGCUAUCGUGCUUGGCGGCAUCUUUGGUCACUUUUUCUCAACAUGGGAUACGCUUGGCUCUGCGCAUCUCGUCGAUGUCGAUGCGAUGUCAGGAGGUGGUCUUGUCGGAACACAAGUCAAGAACGACGCUUCUCCCUGCUGCCAGCCUGGCUCGGGUGCAGACUCGGCCAGAGUCUCGAGUGACUCGGACGACGGCAAGAAUCUCAAGCAGCACCUUGUGGCUUUGCCAGACCACGGUUACCAUAACGGCGCUUGCUGUGUAUAG